CCAACCCUGACAGGCAUGCUCAAUGUUGAUGAUUUCAACAACGCCCAGGCCGACAACCUACCCUGUGUGUACCGUGGUUUGUUGCAACCUCAUGGCAAGAAGUGGAAGGCUAAUGAAUGCACCACUUGCACUUGCAACAAUGCAACCACCACAUGCCAGAUUGACACAUGUAAAGUGCCCAAAUGCCCCAACCCUAAAGUUGUUCCUGGAGAGUGUUGCCCCCGCUGCCCGAUUGCUGUGACCAUAACAAGUGUGGAUGUGAUGCUGAGCAAUCCAGCUCCAAUAUCGGAGGGCAUGGUCAACAGAGUGCCCAUUGAUGUGAACAUAGACUUGAAUAACAGAAAGACUCAAGAUGUGUCUGGCACGGGGCUGUGGAAGCUCAAUGUAUGGGGAUCACUACGUGCCGAUGGUGCCGGGAACCAGAUCUCAUUCUCAGAGCAGGCCCUCUCAUUGAACCAAGAAAAUUCACCCGUUGAACGGGGGGCACCAUUCUUCUUUCGCAAUGUCCCGUAUAACCUGGACAUGAGGGGGGUCAGUUGCUCUGAGAUCAAUUACGUUUGUGCACGCAUUAGAAAGGGGAACGAUCCGGAUCCACAGUUCACCUUCAAAGGAAAGCCCAACCAAGCUGCCACAUUUGCAGACUGUGCACCCAUCACUGAAUGUUCAGGUGUUCAAUUGCGAGGACUUACAUGGUGGGUCCAAGCCAGCAAUGUGGUCGCUGGCAUUCCCAAUCCUCUCAACAUCACCGCAGAGGUGAAUUUCGUGGAAGGCGCUGGUGAUGUUUCUGGAGAGAAUCUCUGGCGGCUUGGAAUGUUCGGAAGUCGCAACUCAGAUGGAUCGGGACCUAGGUUCAAUUAUGUUAGACAGACUCUGAACGAGUUUGAAGCAUCCUAUCCAUUGACGAACUCAAGGGAUAUAAAUUUCCAGUUUGCUAGGGCCGACUUUGACAUUGCUGCCAUAGGAUGUACCGAGUAUGAAUACAUUUGUGGAGAGUUCACCAAAUCAGAUAAUCCCAAUCCAGACUUCAGCUUCUCUGUCUACCCACGAGGAGAUACCAAGAUAACCUGUGAAAGGUGGCCUUGUAGAGCUGUUACAAACAUUGAGGCUGUUAGUGCCAUCCCAGUACGAGGCAGCCUGGUAGCUGGUCGAGCAGACAAUCCUAUUGAGAUGUAUGUCAAAGUGAAUGCAUCCGAAGCUGGUAGUGUAGGUGUAGCAGGAGAGGGCCUGUGGAUGCUCUCAUCUUUUGGAAGUCAGAAUAGCAGAGGAACUGGCCAGAAAUACUCCCAGACCAGACAGAUCCUUACCCAAGAUCAACAGAAUACCAUGCUUGUUCUGGGUUCCCCAAUGGAGCUUGGUAGGGUGUCCAUGAACAUUGACAUGACCAACUAUGACUGCAGUCAGAUUACCCAUGUCUGUUUAACCCUCAGUAAAGGACAAUCUCCAACCACUGUCUUCACGCUUGUUCCUGUUCCCAACUCAAAUGUUCUAACCAAGUGCAUCCCAUACCAAUGUGCAGUGGCAACUGCCAGGUCACUAUCUUGGGAAUACAAUGCCCCUUCUGUAGUGAUAGGUCAGCAGAGUGAGCUGACCAUUGACACCGAGGUAUCAUUUGUGGACAAUGAGGCUUCCGUGGUUGGAUCAAAUCUCUGGCAGUUGGGAAUAUUUGGUAGUCGAAACCCGAACGGCAGAGGGCAAAGAAUUGGAGAAAGGAGACAGAUUCUCAGAUCAACAGAAGCAUCUACAUCCCUUGAUCCUAGUACAGCAGAUGGCUUACAUCGACUCAACAUCAACAACAUAAGAACAAUGUUUGAUAUGAGUUCUAUUGGAUGUGGUAAUUUUCCAUACCUUUGUUUGGAAUUUGGACAAGCUGAUAGGCCACGACCCCCAUUUGAGUUUGCUACUGAAGAUGGAACAGACACAGUCGUCAACUGUAAACUGCUGCAAUGCGAAAAUGAUGUUAUGCUGAAUGAAUUACAUUUGACACUGGAGGAUGGUAGAAUUCUUGAUGCAAGACCAGAGAAUCCACUCAUAUUUUCUUUGGAGGGAGUACUAACAGGUCCAGGUGUGCAAGGGAGGGACUUGUGGACAGUCUCAUUGUUUGGAAGUGGUGAACCUGAUGGACUUGGACCUCGUUUCGGCCAAAUGGACCAAAUACUUGAUACCCGUCAGAGGAACAAGCCCUAUGUGCCAAAUGAAAAUUUAGACUUUGGAAAUAUUGACCUGAAUUUUGACAUGAGUUCUUAUGAAUGUGCCAGGAUCAAAUACAUGUGUGUUGAAUUUUCCAAAAAUGAUCAAACGUCGGUGUCUUUCACGCUGACAGCAAUCAGUGGAGAUACAUGGAUAUCUUGUGUUCCCAUGCCAUGUGAAGGAGUCAUAGCCUCAGAACUGAGAUGGAAUUACCAAGCGCCCGAAGGUAUCACCCUUGGUGCUCCCAUUCCUAUCCUACUGGAUGCUGAAGUUGAUUUUAGUUCAGUAUCAGCUGAUGUUACUGGAAGGAACUUGUGGGCUUUGACACUCUAUGGUAAUACCCUGGAGAGUGGACGAGGAGAUAUUAUUGGUAUCUUGGAAGGCAACAUCCUAAGCAAUAAGGCAGCUAGCCGUAACCUUCUUGUUGGAGAUGACAGUUUGAUAUUUAGUAAUGUAAGAAGUGAGAAAGAUCUUAGCAGAAUUGGAUGUCUGCAUGAAGGAUACCUGUGCCUCACCUUUGGACGAGGAGCAAAUCCCAAGCCACCCUUCAAGUUACUUACAACAAGUGGAGAUGAUGAUAUUGUUAGCUGCAAGAAGGUACCUUGUCCAAGAAAUGUUGAACUGACAAAUAUUGAUACUGCCUUUGUGAGUGGUUCUUUGAUAGAGGGCACUCCUAGCAAUGAAAUUGUUCUUUCAAUGACUGCAAACAGCGCACCAAACUCCAAUGGCAUCAAUGGGAUCAGUCUUUGGUCAGUGAGUGCCUGGGGCAGCCAAAAUGCUGAUGGAAGUGGGAAGCGCAUCAACCCAGUGGAAGGGGAGGUCCUGAGUGGUGCACAGACCAGCAUCAACCUGACUCCUGGAGGCAUGAUCGACUUCAGAGACGUUGCCAUUGACUAUAGCAUGGAAGAUGUUACAUGCAGGGAUAUAAGUUAUAUAUGUGUAGAGCUGGAUAAAAACUCUGGUGCCAACGUUGAGUUUACCCUUGUUGCAGAGAGAGAAAACAUGAGGAGAUGUGAACCAGUCUCCUGCUCUGGUGUUCUUGCAAGAUCUUUGAGUUGGGAUUUCCGGGCUGACGAAGUGCUGCCCAAUCAGCGCAGCCCGAUCACCGUCCAAGCAAGUGUUCGCUUUGAUGAAAACAGCUCUCCUCUCACUGGAAGCCGUCUCUGGAGGAUGUCGCUCUUUGGGAGUGACAGUCCUGAAGGUGAUGGCAGAAUCUUUGAUCCUAUUCAUCAGGUCCUUGAUGCUCAAAAUCAACGCAAGCCUCUCAACCCACAGUUUCCACUUACAUUCAACACCGUACCCACCGAGUACAACAUUGGUGCAAUUGGUUGCGGUGAAUACCAAUUUUUCUGUAUGGAGUUUACCAGGGCAGAUAAUUCUGAUCCAGCUUUCGUGUUUGAUGUCGUUGGUGGAGGAAACAGACUUGUGAACUGCAAGCAGCUGCUUUGCAAUGCAGAUGUUAUACUUCAGGGUAUGACCACCAAUAUUGUUGGGAGCCCUGUAGUCACUGAAGGAGUAAGAAAUACAGUUGACAUCGACACCUCGGUCUUCUCUAGCCCUGAAUCUCGUCCCCUAGACAAUAGUCCCGGCUUGUGGCGGUUGUCUGCCUACCUGACACCCACUCCUGACUCUCCUCUGCAGUAUAACAUCCAGAGCCAGGUACUGUCAAGGCAACAGGCCAGUAGUGCACUCAACCCUGGAAGCCCCAUUGACUUUGGUCCUGUCUCUGUUGAUGUGGACCUUAGCCAGACCACUUGUGAGCAGGCUGGUUACAUUUGCACAAGACUCAGCAAAGGUCCAUCUCCUAGAGUGGAUUUCAAUCUGCAGGUGGUACCAGACCAAAGUGCUGUGAAGUCAUGUGAAAGAAUUGAAUGCAAUGGGGUACAUCUUCAAAACAACAUUGACUGGACAUUCAAUGCUGAAGAUUCUAUACCAGGAAGGCAGACACCUUUGUCCAUUACAACUAACCUCGUGCCAUUCCCAAGCAGUCGUGAUAUUACUGGUGACAACCUGUGGGAAAUGGGUCUGUAUGGCAGCAAGAACCCGGAUGGUUCAGGAGAAAAGUUUAACUAUGAUAACCAGAUUCUCAAUCCAGAACAGGCAGGCACAUCUCUUGAUGGUGACAGCCCAUUUUUCCUUGACAAUAUUGACACUACCUUUGAUGUUGGUUCUGUGGGAUGCACAGACUUCAGAUACCUGUGUAUUGAUUUCAGAAGGGGCAGAAACCCAUCCACUGACUUCACGUUCCAGAUAGGAGACACAGGAGAUGACACUAUCACAUCCUGUAAACGAAUGGCUUGUGACUCAAAUGCAAUUGUGUCUGACCUAGUACCAACUCUUGGUAGUGAUGCUGUUUUGAUUGAGGGUAACCCACGCAAUGGUCUUGCUGUUGAUUUGCGUGCUGUCACUAGUCCAGAAUCCACACCAAUCCUGGGAGACCGUCUCUGGCAGGUUGAUUCUUUCCUGAGCCGAAAUCCAGAUGGUUCUGGUCCAGAAGAGGCACUGAACACAAAUAUCCUCAAUCCAUUGCAGAGUGCUUGGCCUUUGAGACCAGGUAUAGACAUUGAUUAUGGCCAAGUCUUUGUGGACGUGAACAUGCAGGAUGUGUCUUGCGCUGAGGCACGCUACUUGUGCUUCAGACUGCACAGGAAUGCAGAUGCAACAGUCAGCUUUAACCUCCAGGGCAGUCCAGAUGAUUCAGUGCUUACCAGCUGUCAGGACAUGACACAGCAAUGCCAAGGUGUGAUUCUCACUGGUAUUGAUUGGAGCUAUGAUGAGUCUGUGCCAAGGAGACUCUCUAUUGCAGCUUCUGCAGAUGUGACAUUGAACAGCAGAAACCUUGAUGGGUCAGGCUUGUGGAAAAUGGGCAUAUUUGGUAGUACCAAUGCACGUGGACUCGGAAACCGCGUGGGCCACCAGGAGCAGAUCUUGAAUUUAUACAAUCAGGGGCGAACUGUGAGGCCACCCAGUGCUAUCACUUUUAGGAAUAUUGAAAGCAGGUUCAAUAUUGACCAGUUGGGUUGUAGCAGCGAAUAUCAAUUCCUCUGUCUCGAGCUCUCUAGAGGUGAUGACCCAAAUCCAGAUUUCUCUUUCCGAACCAUAGAUGGUGACGCUUCUCUGAUCUCCUGUAAACAGAGAGAAUGUAGAGCUGUCAUAAUUACAAACCAAGAAACGACACCAUCUUCCUUAAGCCUACGAGAGGGAGAACCAGUCAAUGAAAUCAACUUGAACACUGUAGUUUCUACAUCAAGAGAAGGUGGUACUGUCACCGGGGAUCAGCUGUGGCGUCUUGGCUUCUACGGCAGCACAAACCCUGAUGGCACAGGGCAAAGAGUUGGUUACCAGGAGCAGAUCCUUCCCUUCUCUGAUGCUGAUCAGGAUUUGAGGACUCCAGGAGACACCUUGGAUUUCUCCAACCUGAAUGCGAACUUUGACAUGACUGGAAUUGCUUGCUCCGAGGUCAGUCACCUCUGUACAGUUCUCUCCAAGAACCCUGCAGCAUCUGAUGAUUUCACCCUUAGCACACGACCAAAUGAUGAUGUUUUGACAAGUUGUUUCUCAGUCCCUGAUAAUGCUUGUAGAGGUGUAAUUAUUACAGACAUGGAGUGGUCUUACACAGCAAGUAAACCCAACCCUACUCUACCUGAUAAUUUGGACAUCACAAUGUCUGUGGACUCCCUUGAAACUGCUUCAAGUAUAGAAGGGAGAAGGCUAUGGCGUGUGGGCAUCUUUGCCAGCAAGCGCAGUGAUGGAACUGGUCCAAGGCAGAACACAAAAUAUCAGAUCCUGAACACCAACCAGGCACGGAAGCCACUGGUUGCAGGCCAGAGAUUUGAGCUUGACAGCAUCUCCACCAGGUUUGAGCUAGAUGAAAUCAACUGCGACAGUGGUUACAGAUACCUGUGCUUGGAGUUUGCUAAGAGCAUGAGACCUCUACCAAAUUUUGAGUAUAUGACAACGACAGGAGGGAAUACCAUCAUUCGAUGUAAAGAACAUGAAUGUGAUAGAGGUGUGAAGCUUAUGGAUCUGGAGACAAUCCCAGACAGCAACUACCAAACAGUGAUAAGCCAGAAGGGGGAGAAUAUUCUUCAAUUUGAUAUGAUGGCAGCUCCUGCUCCUGACACUUCACCCCUUCGUGGUGUAAACCUAUGGGAACUUGCCCUUUGGGGUAGUGACAAUCCUAUUGGCGAAGGACCACGCCACAAUGAACGCACCGCCUACAACCUCAACAACUAUCAGAGGAAUGUUGCUGUUAAUCCUGGGGAUGUUCUUCGCUUUGGAACUGUUGAGACAACUUUCGAUAUGACAGGAUUGGGCUGUGAUGAGGUCAGGUAUAUCUGUGCACGUCUGCAAAAGUCUAGUGAAGCUGUGCCAAAUUUCCAGUUGUCUGGGGUGCCCAACAAUAGGGUUCUCACUCAUUGCUUCAAUGUCAGGUGUGCAGGAGUGGUAGUGGACAAUACAGACCUUUCAGUGUCUAGUAACAGCCUUGCAGAUGGUAGCGAGGAAGUCUAUUUCUCUGUCACCAUGGGUUCCCAAGACCAGAGUGCAGAUGCUAGGGAAGAAAAUAUGUGGCAGUUGUCAGCGUACUUGACCAGCACCCCAGACGGAUCCGGAAAAAAGGUUCCUCUUGGCGAGGAUAUCCUCACUGCCAGGGAGUCCAGUCAAGCCCUUUUCUCAGGCUCCCGUACCGGCUUCUAUGAUCUCCGUGCACGGGUAGAUCGAAACACCCUGGAUUGCACUGCCAGCAAUUACCUAUGCGUAGAGGUGACCCGUGCACAGAACGCCCCUAACACAUUCUCUUUCACAGGCUCACGGUCAGACUCACUUUCUUCUUGUGAGCGACUGGAAUGUGCCAAAAAGCCUGCCGGGCAGUAUUCAGAAGGCCCUCGCGGAGACAAGGGCGCGAAAGGAGAACCUGGUGAUGCCGAUAUAAAUAGUGCUAAUUUCCCCCCUGGUAUCCCAGGACCAGUUGGACCCCCUGGACCCUCUGGACCUGCUGGACCCGCUGGUAACAAUGGACCUCCAGGACCCCCUGGACCCCGUGGAAACCCUGGUAUGGAUGGAUUAACUGGUUUACCUGGUAUCCCUGGACCUCCUGGACCUCCAGGCAAGUCAGGAUCAUUGGUUGCAUCCGCUCAGACUACCUCCUUCAACAAGGGACCCAGCCUUGCUGGAUACCAAUACCCACAAGCACAAGCUGCCGGCACACCCGGACCACGUGGACCCCCAGGACCUCCAGGAUCAAGGGGACCCCAAGGUUUGACUGGACCUUCUGGACCAUCUGGAGAGACUGGACCUUCUGGCAACUCUGGACCACCUGGACCCCCUGGACUCCCAGGACGCUCUGGAUCUGAUGGAGAUGAUGGUGCCCCAGGAUCUCAGGGACAACGUGGACCUGCUGGUACUCAUGGAUCCCGUGGAACCCCCGGAAUGCCUGGAGCCCCCGGAAUGAAGGGACAUCAGGGUCUACCUGGUCUAUCAGGAAGCAAGGGAGAGCGUGGAGAGACUGGAGAGCGUGGAAGUGAUGGAAACCCAGGACCUGUUGGUGCUCCAGGACCUGCUGGACCAUCUGGACAACCUGGUGAACGUGGCCGAACUGGACCUGCUGGAUCUCAGGGAGACCGUGGAGCAGAUGGAGCCACUGGAUCUCAGGGACCUCCAGGAUCAACUGGACCUGCUGGAGCCCCAGGAAUGCCUGGAAUUGCUGGAGCUAAGGGAGAUGCUGGAUCACCAGGAGCCCGUGGAUCACCUGGACUCCAGGGAGCCCGUGGAGAGCGUGGAUCUGAGGGAUCACAAGGACAGACUGGACCUCCAGGUGUCCCCGGACGUGAUGGAUCAAAUGGAGCCAAGGGAUCUGCUGGACCCUCAGGUGCUCAGGGAACUCCAGGUUUCCCAGGAGCCCGUGGACCCCCAGGACCUGCUGGUAGCCCAGGACCUGCUGGUUCAAAGGGAGACCAAGGAAACCCAGGACAGCCUGGGGCUCAAGGAGAGACUGGACCUACUGGACCUCGUGGAGAGACUGGACCUGGUGGACCCCCAGGAUCACAGGGAGAGAGCGGAGAGAGGGGACCUCGUGGAAGUGUUGGACCUGCUGGACCACCAGGUGGUGUUGGAGAGCGUGGACCCAUGGGACCUCCAGGUAUGUCUGGAGCCCCAGGAGCACCAGGAGCAAAGGGAGACCGUGGAUUGCCUGGUGAACGUGGAUCUGCUGGAGCUAAGGGAUCUGCUGGAGAGUCUGGCCGUCCCGGUGAACCAGGUAUGCCAGGACAGAGGGGACUUACUGGACCUCCAGGCAAGCAAGGACGUGAUGGAAAGCCCGGACCCGCUGGUGCACCCGGAGAACCCGGAAACCCUGGACCUGCUGGAGCUUCUGGCCAGCGUGGUCUUCCUGGUCUUGUUGGUCUGCCAGGACCUCAAGGACAACGUGGAAUACGUGGAGAAGAUGGUGGACAAGGAGCUCCUGGUGCCCCUGGUUUGACUGGUGAGCCUGGAAAGCGUGGAGAACCUGGUAUUGCUGGACCUCCUGGACCUCAGGGAGCCGCUGGAGAGAGAGGAAACCAGGGACCUCAAGGAGCUGCUGGAUCUAUGGGACCCCCAGGACCUCCUGGAGCAACUGGUGAUGCUGGAGCACAAGGAGAUGUUGGAUCCCCUGGAGAGUCUGGACCUCAGGGACCACCUGGAGCCCGUGGAGAGCGUGGUGCCCCUGGUGAACGUGGACCACAGGGACUUACUGGACCUCAGGGACGACGUGGAAUCAGUGGACGUUCUGGAAAUGAUGGUGCUACUGGACCCCCAGGACAGAAGGGAGAGAUGGGACCUCCUGGUAAUGUUGGACUUCAGGGACCUCCUGGAGAACUUGGACCCUCCGGACCACCAGGCGCCCGUGGACCACCUGGACCUAGUGGAAGCCCUGGACCUGAUGGACCUGCUGGAGCUGAGGGAGAUAGGGGACCAGUUGGACCUAUGGGACCAAGUGGACCUUCUGGACUACCCGGUGAAAGGGGAGACAAUGGAGAGUCUGGACCUGCUGGAGCACCUGGACAGCGUGGAGAUCCUGGAGAUCAAGGACCUCAGGGAUCACCUGGAUCACCCGGAUUUGCUGGACCACCUGGCCGCCCAGGAAACUCUGGACCUCAAGGAGAAGUUGGACCCACUGGAGCUAGAGGAGAGACUGGACCACCAGGACCUUCUGGACCUACUGGAGACCCAGGACCACAGGGACCUCUCGGAGCCCCAGGAGCACAAGGAGAACGUGGAGAGACUGGACCUCAAGGAUCAUCUGGACCCCCAGGACCAAUUGGAAGCCUUGGAGCACCUGGAGCACAGGGACCUUCUGGACCCCCUGGACCUUCUGGCAAUGCUGGUAGCCCUGGCCAGCCUGGUGCUCGUGGAGAGCCAGGUCAGACUGGACCUCCUGGACAAGCUGGUCUUUCUGGAGCCACUGGACCACCUGGAGAGCGUGGAGACAAAGGAAACGAUGGACAAGCUGGAGCUACUGGAUCUUCUGGACCCCCUGGACCUCCAGGACAAUCUGGAAUCCUUGGUCUUGCUGGAGGUGUUGGCCCCCGUGGAGCUGCUGGACCCCCUGGAGCACCAGGAGAAUCUGGAAGCCGUGGACCCGCAGGAAAGUCUGGAGAUAGGGGAUCACCUGGAGCCGUUGGACCCCCAGGAAACCCUGGACCUGCAGGAGAGAAUGGAAUCCCUGGAAGCGAUGGAAAUGAUGGAGCACCUGGACCACAAGGAUCUCGUGGAGAGAAGGGAGACACUGGUGCUGCUGGAGCCAAUGGAUCACCUGGAGCACCAGGACCAAUCGGUGCCCCUGGACCUGCUGGUUCUGCUGGACCACGUGGUGAGACUGGAUCUGCUGGUGCCCCAGGACCUCAGGGUCCCACUGGUGCCCGUGGAUCAACUGGACCUGCUGGACCUGCCGGACCCUCUGGACCUGCUGGAGAGCGUGGAGAGACUGGAAGUGCUGGACACAAGGGACACCCUGGAGUUCCUGGACUUCCCGGUCUUCAAGGAACCCCUGGACCCUUGGGAGAGCCUGGUGCACCCGGAGAACAAGGACAGCAAGGAACUAGGGGAUUGCCCGGUGCACGUGGAUCCAAUGGAAAUGAUGGACCCCCAGGACCCCGUGGAUUUGAUGGACCAGAAGGACCCCGUGGACCCCGUGGAGAGGGUGGAUCAUCUGGACCCCCAGGACCCCCUGGACCUCCUGGACCCCCUGGACCCCCUGGCCAAGUUCAGUCAUCCUAUGGAGUCAGAUACCCAUCCUUCCAAUCUGGUGGCAAGGGACCUUCUCCUUAUGGUUACGCUUACAGAGAUGACAGCAAGAAUGAUGCCAUCAAGAUCAGUGAUCAGGAACUCGUUGGUGUGAUCAGUUCUCUCAGCCAGCAAGUCGACCAGAUCAAAUCACCACAGGGCAAGACCCAGACCAACCCUGCCAGGUCCUGCAAAGACAUCUUCCUCAACAAUGCUGAAGCCACUGAUGGAUAUUACUGGGUUGAUCCCAACCUUGGAUGUCAGAAGGAUGCUAUCCAGGUAUUCUGUGAGGCAGAAACUAAGGCUACCUGUGUACCUGCAUUACGAAAUGUGAUUACCACCCAUUCAUGGUAUGUUGGGCCAGAAAAGCGUGCUUACUUCUCCACCAUGGACUCUGGAGAGAAAUUCUCUUACGUUGAGGAAACCACACAGCUCACCUUCCUUCGUCUCCUCUCUACCACUGCCCGUCAAAACGUCACCUACCACUGCCAUAACAUCCAAGGCAACCCUACCUUCCGUACUAGCUCUGAUGUAGAACUUGUUCCUGACAUUGACAGCAAAUUCAGCUACACUGUACUUGAGGAUGGCUGCUCACAAGCAACACCAAGUGGAAGGGCUGUCUACUCAUAUGAGACCAAGAAGACAACACGCCUGCCAAUUGUUGAUUUCGCCCCUGGUGUAGUUGGCAAUAUGGAACAGAUGUUUGGCCUAGAGAUGGGACCUGUGUGCUUUUCAUAAAAAUCCUAGUUCUUAAACUUAUUAAGUCGUAGCUAAUUGACUGAUGCCAGGAACGACUCCAAUGCAGCUCUUCCCGAAAGUCUCUCCUCUUCUCACUCUUUUAUUGUGUCCUAUUUGUGCCAGUAUUACAAUGAUUCCCGUCGACAUCUGGUCUAGUUUUGUGUGAAUGUUUCCAGGUUGUCAUUCAAUCCCGUAGCUACCAUCUUACUUUUUUUUCAUAUUUAAUGAGGAAUGAAAAUGUGAAAUAUAUUUUGGACUGGAGAAAUGACAAGCUGCUGCGGAGUCCGAGCUGGCCAAAUUCUUUUAUGGAAAAUGUAAUGAAACAAGUCUCUCCACAAUAUUCUUGUCCAGAGGUUUGUUUUAUUAAUGUGCAUUUGAUACUUCAUGGGAAAGUCAUGUACUUUUGAUGUCAGUAUUCCAAAAUAGGGUCUUAAAAAGAAAACAAAUCGAUGUUGAUUACCAGUGUGUUAAUUUUCUUGUGUUUGGAUGAUUAUAGAAGAUUGAUUGUUGUAAGUACAGAUUAGUACACAACUAGCUAGACCUAAUUAUGUAGCUAUAGUUGUGUCUAGUAUCUAUUUUCUCUUCUAAUUUCUCAACCAGUUGUCAGCUGCCAUAAUUUGCCUUCAGUAGCAUUUCCUAGAUAGUUAGCUCUGUGUUUUAUAUUUUUAUAAGCUUAGCAAUUCAUCAGUGAUAUGAGUGACACUAAAAUUGUGUUACUACACCAAUAAACCAAUAUGUAUAUUAGUGUUUUACUGCAUGCCCUUUUCACAUGGUGCUCUUAACUAUAAAUAUUCUAUAUCAAAGUUUGUGAAUAGUAGGGAAAGUUUUGGUGUAAUCUUGUGAUUCCUCAGGAAUAUUUUCAAUCAUGUCUUGCCAACACCUUUUUUUAAUGGAACAAAAAUUAAAAGUCCAUGAACAUAUGACCGUGAAGGAGCCUUAUAUUUUUAUAGAAAUUGUAAGGUGAGAAGUUUUUAUUGCAAAUUAAAGAAAACACCACAUGUGUGCUACGGGAAAUUUUA